GAAGCACGUAUGCUGGACAAGGAUGCCGCAGAAGCAAAACUUAAGGCUCUGGAAGCACACAUGCUGGACAAGGACACCGCAGAGGCAAAACUUAAGGCUCUGGAAGCACGCAUUCUGGACAAGGACACUGCAGAAGCAAAACUUAAAGCUCUGGAAGCACGCAUGCUGGACAAGGACACAGCAGAAGCAAAACUUAAAGCAAUGGAAGCAUGCAUACUGGACAAGCUGGACACCGCAGAAGCAAAACUUAAGGCUCUGGAAGCACGCAUGCUAGACACCGCAGAAUUAAAACUCAAGACUCUGGAAGCACACAUGCUGGAGAAGGCCACCGCAGAAGCAAAACUUGUGGUGCAAACGGAUACUUUAUUUGCAUACAUGGAAAGACGUACUACACUACUCCUGCAGAUGCUGAAAGAACGUGUGGACAAGCUGGACGUAGGAGCAGACAAACAUAAGGUGAUGUUCACAGCAACAGGGGGCGACAUAAAGAAAGACGAUAAGUUGGUCUUUGAUGUAGUGCACACCAACGUGGGUAAUGCCUAUAACAGCAGCACAGGCAUUUUCACAGCCCCCUACAAGGGCGUCUACUUCUUCACCUUGACUUGCGACAUUAAUUAUGGGAUGAUUGAGCUGCAUGUGUUUAAGAGCAGCGAGUUGAUGAUGAAGUUCUAUGACAACACCGAACAAAAGGGCCACAGUGGCACCAACAGCUGGAUGCUGCGCCUGGACAAGGAGGACAAGGUGUACGUCAAGCCUGUUUUGAAUCAAAAUCUUCAACGUCAUGACAAACACUCUGUUUUCAGCGGCUUCCUCGUCGAGCCCAUGUAAAGUAGAGGUGGGCGCAUCCAUCCGUGCAUGAUAUUAUCAAUAACAGGGCGGUAUCGGUAUCGGAUGAAUGCUACCAUGAUAUGUGUGUUUUGUGCUGUGUUGCGUGUAAUUGCACAAUGUCAGCUGGUCUGAUCCCGUUGCGUUUAUUGAUAUUUGAACUAUGGUGAUUUUGUUACGUUUAGCUGCUAAUUGUUAGCUUGACAAUUUAUUUUUUUAUUUUUUAUUUUUUUUACCCUUGUCCUGUCCAGCCUUUAAGGCAGAUAGAAUUGUAGAUCUAAAUGCCCUCAAGUGCUCAACAGAUUUACUUUGCCAGGGAGAAGUGUGAUAUACACUUCCACAGGAUUUAUUUGACUUUGAUGCUUGUUAUUAAGCAAAU